UUUUCUAUUAUAUAUACUUUAGGGUCAUAAAUUGUUUUAUGAUAAAUUUUUUUUAUUUAUUUUUAUAUUGAUAAAUAUGCAUAUGUAUACAUACAUACAUAUAUGGAAAUUCUAUGGUGAAAACGGUCCGCAUGAGGACCGCAGUAUUAGUGAUGGUUUUUUAGAAAAUCAUCACCAAUACUAUGAAAAACCAUCACUAAUACUGUGGUCUGCAUGAGAACCGUCCGCAUCAUAAACGGACUGCAUACAUAUAUAUCUAUAUAAUUGGAUUAUGUGUAAGCAUGUAUUUUUACGUAUAAUGUUUAAGCAAAAUUAUUAGGUUAUGCUUAUCCAAAAUUAUUUAAAGAUUUGUUUUAUGUGCUGAUUUAUGGAUUUGAAGGAUCUAUGCUGCGAGGUGAUGAUCUAAAUAUUUUAUGAUCUUUCUAUAUGAAUUAUUAAGUAAAUUUAUGGAGAAUUUGUGUUUUUAUGGUAUUAUGAUAUUUUGUGGUUAAUUGAUUUUAUACGUGUAGAUUAUAGCACUAGUGUUCUGCUAUGCAUAUUAUCAUUGAUCAAAGCAUAGGUAUAUUUAAUCAUUUUAUGAGAGCUAAUGUGAGGGAAGGUAGCAAGUAUUUUGCAAUGAUAGUAAUAGCUACCACCUUCCACUCAACUUUAAAAUAACAGGUUAUUAGUAUGGAUGCUUUUAGAAUGCCAAAAUAUUUUAUUGCAAGUAUAUUUUUUUCCAUCUUUUUUAUCAAAUGGUGUUUGUGACGUGAAGCACCAUCUAACAAUACAUAAUAUAUAAUAUGGUGUAUUAAGCAAACAUUCGAUAUUUUGUAUUCGUUCUUGCUUACAAAUGUUUUUGAAAGAGUUUAAUUGGUUAUUGGAUUCACUUAUUUAUUCAUUUGCUUAUUUAAUUAAUUAUUUAAUUUAUUUUUAGGCGCAUUAAAUUAUUUAUUUAUUUUGAGUAUUCUAGCUAUUUUAUUGUUUUAUUUUAUUUAUCUAUUUAAAUUUAAUUUUAUCUUAUGUGCUUUUUCAUAAAAUAUUCUUCUUAAAGAUUUAGGAUAUAAAAUAUUGGGUUUAGUGAAAAUGUAUUAGACAAAGAAUAGGUGUACUAACGAGGAUUUUUUUAGAGGAAAAUUGUUUUCUAAAUAUCUAUUUUAUUUUCUUUUAUUAUUUUUAUUGAUAAUUAGACUAUGGCUCUUAUGAAACAAGGCUACUCUAGGGUUCAUCUUUCCACCUUUUUGAUCGAUUGAUUUCUGAGUUUUUUGCAAUUAUGAUUGAUCUUUUUGCUUUAUUUCCUUAUAUUCUCAAUCCUGUAAAGAAUGAUGUAGGAUUGAUUCUGCUCCAUUGGUUGAGGGGACAAAAACUCCUUCUGCUUCUGGAACUACAGACAAGCCUUUGCCUUGUUGGUGUCAGGUGAUCAUUGAGCGCCCUCUACAACAAUGGGCAGCUUGGGCAGACUUGGUUGAAUUUGAUCAGCAUGUUUCGGAGGUUCAAAUUACAUAGAUUUUUAAGCAAACUCGUUUGACUCUAGUGAAUGAUUCUGCUAAGGCUUCUGAUAGUUCCACGAAAUCUUAUGCGAAGGCAUUAGGGUUUUCAAGCACUUCAGCUUUGCCAGUUUCUCAUGCUUUUGUCCACGAACGAGAGCACAUAAUAAUUAAAAUUAAUAAACACACAUGAUGAAUGUUUGGAGAUGUGCAAGCACCAAUUGAUUGCUUAUGUGAUAUCAUCAAAGGAAGAGGAUCCAUGGAAAUUGAUUAGUUUGAAGGAAAAGCUUCAGAGCAUUUGGUGUUUAGAUUCUUGGCGCUUAAUUUCUCUUGAUCAUGGUUUUUAUCAUGUGCUUUUGCAUUCCUAUAAGGAUCCCCAGCAGGUUUAAUCUAUGAGACCCUUGAAUUUAAAGAUGGAUAUUAGUUGAUUUAUGAUGUGCUUCUGCAUUUCAGCUUUUUCAUGGCUUUAGUAGGGGACCAUGGACACUUUGCUAAGGUUUUAGUUAAUUUCAAACCUAGCAAGUUUUUUACAUUAACCUUUGGUUUUUAGGGAGAUAGUUUUUCUUCCACUAUAAGGGUGCAAUAUGAGUCUUUGUUUAGAUUAUUUCUCUUUUUGUAAUUCGGUAGGUCAUCAAGUUUCUAAAUGUCAUGCUAUUAAUAAAGGCACUAGUAAAUUUGAUAAUAAACCUUUGAAGAAGAAGGAUAUGCCAAAGGAAUUAAAAUAGGUUUAUAUUGAGAAGGAAUCGAGCAAUGUUGAGCUAGGACAGAGUAAUGUGAAUAUAGAGGUUGGGCUUGUUUUGAAAGAUCCUACUGUUAUGGAGAUAGAUAUUAUGUCAAAGUGUGCAGGUACAGCUUUUCCUUCUAAAGUUUCAUAUAUGGAGGAUGAGGAUGAAGAUGCUAAUGCUGGUCUUUCUUUGGUUGUCACUACUAUUCAGAAGGGUAAUGAAAUAAUGGGCAUAGACAGUGUUUUAGGUGUGGAUUCUCAUCCAUCUACUACUGCUUUAGUUGAUUUGCUGCCAAUUCAAAUGUGUGAACAUGGAGUAAAUCCUUUAUUGGCUGAUGAUGCAGUUCAGAUUGAGGGUGCGAACAUAAAAAAAGCUCAUAUGGAAUUAGUUUCUAUUGCCCAAACUCCACAUAUUUUAGAAAAUGAAGAUGCUAGUCCUUGGCUGACGCAAAAACAUAAAGUAAAACUUCCAAUGAAAGAAGAAUCAAGGCGGCUAGCUAUUUACAGGAGCGACAAGGUAAUUAGCAAACCAUCAUUUGAGCAGUGGGCAUCACUUUUCAACCCCGUUUGUCUUAUCAAAGUUCAUGUAGUAUCUCUAGCACACCUUUCCAUGUUACUUUAGUAUUGUUAUCUUUUCCCUUUUAAAUUAUAAUAUUUAUUUUUUAUGUUCCACUACAUUUAGUCUGCACUAAUACUAGCUGUGGAUAUGCAAAGAUAUUUGUAAUUUAAAUUCUUGUGUUGUUAUUACUUUUAAAAUGCUAUAAAUUUGUGGAUAUUGCAGUACCUGGGAAGAAUGAGGUGGUUGCACGUAUAGAAACAUGUUUUCCAUGCAGGGAAAAAAGAAGGGGAAGUCCACUUUACAAGGAAAAUGCUAUUGGAUUUUUUAUAGAAUUUUCUAGCGGGGCUUCCCUUUAAUUGGGGCAUCCUAGAACUCCAAUGGGGAAUCUAAGGAGGGAUCUUUACAAAAAUAAUUUCCAAAAAAUUGUUUUGAGCUGGUUUCAACAUUUUUUGGUGCUAAAGAUGUCGUUUCUCCGACCUUAAAAUUAUACAUGGGAACAUGUCAUAUUAAGCCAUGUUCGUGUCGUACUUUGUUAUACUUGUGUUAAAUUUUGUAUAUUUGAACACAAUACAUUACAUUUUCAUAUGAAAAUAAGUGAAUCCAAAUACAUUUAUUAAA